AUGCUGAAUACCUCUAUUCAUUCCAAAACAAGACCUCACUCCAAAACAAAACCUUAUUUUCCAACUUCGAAUGCAAUGUUUACUACCUCUGGCACUUGUUCAUCAGUAACGUUAGAAACAUACAAAUCCACAGCAAACAAAGAGACAAUCACAUCGUCAAAAGUAUACAAAACUAGUAGUGGUAUUGAACCAACGGAAACUUUCCCUAAAAGCAGUAGUGUUACCACAACAAACUAUAUCACACCUCGUUCGCCUCAAGCAAGAGAUCAAAAGAAUGUGGUCACACGCUGGUGGUUCUGGAUGGUUGUGGUAGCGCUGGUACUUUUUGUGAUGGUGGUUGUCAUGGUGAUACUGAAGUACAAAAAAAGGUAAUCAAUGAAACUUAACUUAUGAGAUCACCAACCUACACACGUAUCAUGCAAUCACCCUAACCAAUCAGAAUGGGGCCAUUCAACAAUUACGUCAUCAAAUUGUGGGCUCUUUUUAGCCCCUCUGUGGUCUGGCUACGAUGAUGACGUAAUUGUUGAAUGAAUGGCCUCAAUUCUGUGGCCAACCACAGUCCACUUAACCAUUGACCUAAGGGAAAAGUACGUUCAAUCUUAUACAAUCCUUUUUCUACUUCAUCAGGGGAUCUAAAAUUGUCAUAACCAAGUCUACAUCAACAUACGAUGCUGGAAUCGUAGUAGAAAACCACGCUGAUGGAAACGACGUUCUAAACUUGACAAUUAUAAGGCAAUAA